AUGCCCUGUAUGGUGUACAUUCUCUUCCCGAGAAUGCUUCAGUCCGAGGCCAUCAACUUCAGAAGCAAAUUGGUCCACAGCGUCUCAAUGUCACUCUUCGACCUGAUCAUGGAUAUCUCAUCGCCCUACGGUACGUGCGUCAGUGGCCAUGGAAAGAUGAAUGCAUUCUUAUCCAAUUAUUUUUUCUGUUUGGGUGUAUUCAGCGAUCCUGCUGUAUCUGUGGGCUAAGAGGCUUGUCACGGCUCGCUGCAAGAAAGGAACACCCACAGCUCAUCACCUGACGAACAUCGCCCUCGCCACAACCAAGGAGGAGGCUAUAAGUGGGCCACCUAUUGGCAAAGAAAAUGAUGCUAUGGAUGCUGUGGAGAGGCAAGAGAGCCAGAGAAAUGACAGCCAUCUGCUGAGGCGCCAAAGCUCUAUUAUGAGCACAGCGCUCUCUCUGAGCGGCGCACAGCCGGGGUGCGGUCCUACCGGAGGGCUGCAGUCGGCCUUGACCUUACUUGAACUGUCUCCAAGGUAUCCCCAGUCAUGGUACACCAUAAAGCACAGAGAUACUGUGUGUUCAUACUCUUUUCUCCGAAGGUACCUACGUGGCCUCGCUGAUCAGACCCACAUCUGGUCCAAUUGCGAGUUGACGGCACUUCUCUUUACUAACCUGAGUGUGCUUACGGUCCAAGCUUGUGCGGGCGCACCAUGGAAGCAGCUUGUGGAGGAAGGCAUCGGUUUGGUGUUACUGGUGGCUAUCGAGCAGCUAUUCGAGAUGUGUGUGAUGUGUGUCAUGAUGAGAUGGAACAACCUGCCCAUGCUAUCCUCCAGGCACGAGAAAGGCGUUGUGCGCCGCAGACUACUGACCUUGCUCCUGGUCGCCAUCUUCUGGUCAGGCGAACUGUUUAAUGUCCUCGUGCACGUGCUCACCGCACGUCUCUCUGUCUCUCUGUCUGUGUGUUCGUGUGUGCAGCAUUUUCAGCUGGCUGCCAUUUCUCCACUUGUCUUUGCAGCGCGCAGUCAGCCGCACAGUUGCGAAGCCCCGAUUUGUGCUGCAAUCGGAGCCGCACACUGCCAACUGCCCAUAUUUUUCCGUCUAG